AUGAUCGAGUGGGAAUUCAAUAGUGCGAAAAUCCUCGCAGGGGGGGGAAAGCGAAAUGUCUCGGCCCAUCAUCUUGAUCCCAAGCCACUCAGCGGACAGCUUCGAAAGAAGGAGCAGAUGGAAUUUUCUGUUUUAGAAAAGUUACCCGUCACCGCGGCACUGGAUCCUGCGUUCCGAUGGGGCUGCAUUGCCCCCACCGCGGAUGCUGGGGAGACUUCCAGUUGGUCGGGGAAGGCCAGUCCAGAACCGCCCCGGCGGGUGAAACGACGGUAG